AUCUUAUAACCAAAAAAAAAAAACAAAUUCUACUUUUCUUUCAAAAACCAAUCUCUCGUUAUCUCAAUCAUACUCUUCUUCAAUCCACCGUCCUCUGUUUCAAGCUUCUUUUGCUCUAAUCAAACACAAUUCUUAGGGUUUCUUAUCAUCCAAGAAACGCCGAGUUGUGAAAAUGGAAGAAAGCAAUGAUCUUUAUCAGACCAAUUUCAGUCCAAGAAUCUCGGAGAUCAGAGCAUCUCUGUCUCAGAUCAUAUUAGCAGGAGGACCAAACACACUCGACUCAAUCUUCUCACUUCUCACGCCUUCCUCUGUAGAAUCCGCCACAACAUCUUUCAACACUCUCAAUCCUCCGCCACCGCCGCAGCUCGGCUCCUCCGUCUAUCUCCGGCAACGAGAUAUCAUCGAGAAGUUCCACCUUCAAAACAGAGCAAUCUCAUCCACUCCUCCUCUGUUUUCCUCAUCGUUCGAUCAUCGUCAAACUUCGGAGCUAAUGCUCCAAGCUGCGGCCGAGACUCCAGCCGGGGCUUUCGCAGCUGCGUUAGCUGCUGGGAGGACGACGAAAAAGAAGAAACUUUACAGAGGAGUGAGGCAGAGACAUUGGGGGAAAUGGGUCGCGGAGAUAAGACUGCCGCAAAACAGAAUGAGGGUUUGGUUAGGAACUUACGACACGGCCGAAGCCGCCGCUUACGCUUACGAUCGCGCCGCCUAUAAGCUCCGUGGAGAGUACGCUCGUCUCAAUUUCCCGAAUCUCAAAGACCCGAGUGAGCUGCUCGGACUCGGUGACUCCUCCAAGCUACUAGCUCUCAAGAACGCCGUCGACGGGAAGAUCCAAUCCAUUUGCCAGAGAGUCAGGAAAGAGAGAGCAAAAAAGAGCGGCAAAGUGAGCAAGAACUCGUCGGAUUCUUCAUAUUCUUCGUCACCGGAGAUUAUAUCGUCGUCUCCGGCGACGAUGACUACGACUGCGGUCAACUCAGAGGAAAGUUUUUGGGUUUCGCAGAUGGCGUUGUGUAACAGUGAGAAUAGUUCUCCGGCAUCGGUUUCAGUCUCCGAUGAAAUUCCGGCAACGGCGGCAAUGACGGAGGAGGAAGACGCAAUGAUGGGAGUGGACACAGAUGGGUUUUUGCUAGCGAGGAUGCCAUCGUUCGAUCCAGAGCUUAUUUGGCAAGUUCUCGCCAAUUAAAAACUAAACUGUGAAUUUUUUGAUCAAAAACUGCAACUAUGGAAAGAAAAUGAUGACAAAGUUAGGGUUUUAGGCUGUGGGAUUUAGGGUUUAAAGAUGUUAAAAUCGUGGGAAAGUUUUUAAAUAAGAUAUAUAAUUAGGGUUUUUAAAAGAAAAUUAAAAUCUGAAGCCUCGUGGUUUUUGAAAGAGGUUGUGAAAGCUCCUUUUUUUCUUUUCUAUUUUCAUCAUCCAAGGACUUUCUAUUCUGAUUGUACUUAGAAACACUUUAUAAUGUUUACAGUUUUAUUAUAAUAAAAUUAUUAUGAUUUG